GUUCAAACACAUUCUGACGAUUGUUCUAUUUGUUGUCAUUACAAAUUUUUAUGUCGACAGUUGUUUGAUUACAAAUUGUCCGAGGGGUGGAAAAAGAAGUGGAAAGUCGAGCCUUCUGGAUGGAAACGUUAAAUCAUGCCUUUCAUGUGGUCCAGGAUAUUCAGGUCAAUGUUUCGGGCCGAACAUAUGUUGUGGUCAUUUUGGUUGUCUGAUGGGCACACCAGAAACGAUCAGAUGCCAAAAAGAAGGGAUGUUUCAUGAAAGGGAACCCUGCAUAGCUGGAAACGCUUCCUGCAGAAAAAAUACAGGACGUUGUGCCAUGGAGAAUAUUUGCUGUAGCCAAGAUUCUUGCCAUGUAGAUAGACAAUGUGCAAGUGAGGACAAGCUGAGGCCAUUUUCAGAAAACCUCAUGGGAUUGGACCUAUACAAUUUGAUCAACAACUAUCCCUCUGAAAUAUCCAAUGAAAAAUAAUCAAUAGCAUGAGAUGAGAGUAUGUGUGUAGGCUAAGGCUAAAUGUUAUGUAUUAAUUAUUCUAUAUUAUAUGAUUGGAUUAAAGUGAUAAUGAAAGUUUCAUACUCACCCUUGUCAUACCGAAAAUGUGAGGAAAUCACCCAAAAAAACUGUUGUUUCAACUUUCACUUGGUCACUGCUUUACUAUAUUUUAUAGGUGUUACUAAGG